AUGGAUGUGCGCGACGCAGAGUCUGGACGACCUGUAAAGCGGUUCAAGCAUCAAUCUUACAACGAGACGUUAAAAGAUGUGCAUCUUCCCUCAGCUCUGAACCAGGCAAAGUUUGACAAUGAAAUCCCUGAUGGCUCAUCACACUUCCAUGAGGCGUUGGACCAUUGGAGACAACUCAACCUUUCCCCCGCUUUCCUUGUCUUUGCCAACAAGGCUGAUGGACUGUCAGCUUCGAUGCCGCUGCUGCUCCACCAUUGGAAGGACAUUCUCAACCUCUGGGCUACGGCAGUUGAGGAGUCGGAUUACGAGGGCUUGAUUGCGCUUGCAGACUUGUUGCAGAAGCUGGCGCACGACUUGCGAACGACUAUUCUGCCAGUCUACCUCGACCUCCUUUCCCGACUUUACAGUUACCUCCCUCGAAAGAUUCCCGCUCCGACCCUCACAGCUCUCUUGUCGGCUCUAUCAGCGCUCUUCAAAUACCUCUUAAUACCUUCCGCAGAUGCUGGCUUACUAGACCAGUCGUGGUCAUCCCUGAGGGACGUACUCCCAAAAUGCAAUCCAGAAGUUCAGCGGGCCGUCGCGGAAGUCUGGGGCGCAACACUGAGGAGGCUGAAGUCAGCCGUGCGAGAGAGGGCAGUGGAGUUAAUUGCGGAGGACGUGGAUGGCCUCGAAGAUGCAUGCGCUUGGAUGGUGGUCUUCGCCUGCGAGUCUGUUUCCCAGACCCUACACACCGCGACGGCGUCCAUAGUGACUCCCCUGCUGAAGCACCAUCUUGCGUGCGCCGAGCCCGAAAAGACGUACACGCUGCUACGCCGCCUGUUAACGGCUCUGAUCCACCACUGUAAGGGUCCGGAGCAAUUUUCCGCGGUUGCAGACGCUCUUCUGGACCAGGUCGCUGCUUUGGUGCAGGGCCUUGUGGAUGAGAAGGACCACGAGCCCCUGCGGCGCAUGCUGGAAGUUCUUGCUGUCGUCUGUUCAGUCCGGCAGGGCUCUAGACUAUCCCAAAAACAAAUCAGCAUAAUUCUCUCUCACGUCGCGGCUAUCCCCCUCACGGAGUCCCUUCAAGCCUCCCUGCUGAAACUAACCGUCGCUGCUCUCAUUGCGGGGGAACUCUCCUUGUCUCUGGGGCCCGGCCGGAAAGUUGUCGAGCAGUCUCUUCAGCACCCGCCGUUCGCUCUCCAGCUGUACGGAUCGCUAGCAGAACUGCAAUGGGGUGGAUGGAAAUUGAUUGCUCUACCGAACUUGCUCAAGGCCGCCCCAGACCUGCUGCACAAGGAACCCAGGAGAACGGCCGAGCUAUUGGCAACGUUAUAUAAGAAGGGUAUGCUUGGCGAGGUGGAUGCGGGGUUCAAGGUGAAGUUCGGGGAGUGGGCAAGGGCGAAGCUUAGUAGUUGGCAGAAGUCGGAGGAACAGGUGUUCGAGCUGGCCAGUAUCUUGGCCUUGUCGGGGAUGAUAGAAAACAUGACCGAGCUGCUCGUUCGACUGAUUGAGGACACACUAGCCGUCCAGGAUCCGGUGGCUGAUUACGAGGCGUCGUAUACCAACAGUUCUUGGGUUCUCGCGUCGUGCAUGGAAGCUCUGUCGAAGUGUAGACACUCGGAAUGGCAUCAGCGAGUUGAUUUGACUCUCUGGACGGAGAACGUUGUCCAGCGAUGGGGUUGGUCGGAGGGGGUCCUGGGGGGGAUGGUUUCGCUCAUUGACGCUGGGUGCGCUCCUUUUAAUUGCGUUUGA